UCUGCAGUCGAUCCGAAGUUUCUACAUUAGCCCCUAAUUUGAAAGCAGUCACUGAACUAUGCUUGGAAAUUGCUUCCAAAAAAGAGUUGCACGAUGCUAUUCGAACAAAAGCUUUGAUUCGUAUUGCCACUCUCGCGCGACUCAACGAGCAGUCAAUGAUUGAGGAUGAACUGGAUGUUCCAAUUCUCCAAACCAUUUUCCUGGUAAUGACUGAGGUGGACGGUGAAGAGGAUGAAUAUGAUCAGGUGAAAUCGGACAAGCCCUGCAUUGUUGCUGCCCAAACAUUGCAUAAGUUGGCGUUACACUUGCCGCCUGACAAGGUCAUCACAUUUUUGCUUCAGUGGGCUGAUCUCGUCUUUAAAGACUCUGAUACUCGUGCUCAGCAAGCAGGAUACACUGCCUUAGCAGUUGUGGUGGAAGGCUGUGCAGAGCAUAUUCGUACCGAGUACAUGGCAACGUUUGUUCAGGUCAUCUGCAGUGGCGUCAAACAUCCGCAAGCGCACGUUCGUAAUGCCGCUCUCUACGCAAUCGAAAAAUUUGCCCAGUAUCUCCAACCCGAUAUUGACAAAUACGCAAAUGACAUCUUGCCCAUUCUCUUGGAAUACUUGUUGGCGACAAGCAAUAGCUUGGCCAAUGGUAAGAAAGUGCCACGCAGUGUGGAACGCGUUUUCGACACCCUGGAGAUGUUUUGUGAUACUAUGGGAGCGAAGCUCAAUCCCUUCGUACCCGCUCUGAUGGAGCAUCUCUUCAUCGCACUUAACCCGACCUACCCGUUUCUGAUCAAAGAGUUGGCUCUUAAUGCCAUUGGAGCAACUGGUCAUUUAAGUUAA